AUGAAGACGAUUCAAGAAAUGCUGGCUGAGAAGGAUGGCCAUUCUGAUUCUCAAUCGGUGCGAUAUUUGGGAACGGUGGAGGCGUACGAUAAAUGGGCCGAGGUCUACGACACCGAUGGCAACUUUCUCCAGCGCCUUGACACAAUGGAGAUGAAACGAAUACUACCUCGAUUCCUCGAGUGCGUCUAUGCACGUUUCCAUGAUCAGCCCACUCGAUCUGAGCGCAUGGCUCUGUUGGAUCUAGGCUGUGGGACGGGCCGGAAUACAAUCCAAUUACUCAAUGCGCUUGCAGUCCAAGAACAAGAAGAGACGACCUCAAAGCCAGAUGGUCCUCCCGUUCCAAAUGUGCACGUUAUCGGCUUGGAUGCCUCACCUGGAAUGCUGAAAGUUGCGCGGUCCGCCAUUGAUGAAGCCAUGGGCGCUGGGGGCGCUCCUGCCAACCCGAGGUAUACAGGUCCAAAGGUGGUGCUGGGUACUAUCGAUCUUCUGCUUCAGCCUGCGGCGCUACGGACACAGUUGCCGCCUUUACUUCGGGACACUGGCGCAGCUGGGGUGAUAUGCACACUUGUGUUGGAGCACGCUCCCCUCAGGCAAUUCUUCCAAGCUACGUCUGCGACGAUGUGUCCCGGGGGGUAUUUGUUGCUUACCAACAUGCAUGCAGAUAUGGGUCUUCGCAGCCAAGCCGGAUUUACUGAUCCCCAAAGUGGGAUCAAGAUUCGACCUACCAGUUACUGCCACUCGAUCGAGGAGAUAGUAAGCGCGGCAGAAGCGGCCGGGUUCCAGAUGGAAGAUAUUUUUCGACAGGAGGCUUCGAACGGUGGAGUCAGGGAACGGGCCAUUGACGAAGAUCUAGCUGGAGAACUAGGUCCGAGAGCGAGGAAAUGGAUUGGAAUCACAGUGUGGUUCGGGGUAUGUUUUAGCAAAAAGACAUCGGAGAGAUAG